AUGGGCAAGAAAAGCUACCAGAACUAUGGGAAGACCUUCCGCAAGCCGAAGCGACCCUUCGAGAAGGAGCGUCUCGACGGAGAGAUGAAGAUCAUCGGUGAGUAUGGCCUGAAGAACAAGCGCGAGGUGUGGCGCGUUCAGUAUGCCUUGGCCAAGAUCCGCACAGCUGCGCGCACGCUGCUGACGCAGGAGGAAAGGAGUGAGACCAGGAUCUUCCAGGGCGAGGCGUUGCUGAGGCGCAUGGUUCGCCUGGGCCUGCUCCUGGAGUCGGAGAAGAAGCUCGACUUUGUGCUUGGCCUGACGACGGCCAAGAUCAUGGAGCGCAGGCUGCAGACCAAGGUCUUCAAGUUGGGCCUUGCGAAGUCCAUCCACCAUGCACGCACGCUGAUCCGCCAGCGCCACAUCCGCGUGGGAAAGCAGAUCUGCGACAUCCCCUCCUUCCUGGUGCGCCUGGACAGCGAGAAGCACAUCGACUUCGCCCUGACCUCCCCCUUCGGCGGCGGCCGUCCGGGUCGUGUGCGCCGCAAGAUGAUGGCCUCGAAGGGUGGCGGAGGCGGUGGCGACGACGAGGAGGACUGA